CUUGCUCCUCUCUCCUCCUCUUUGCUGGGCGCGCUGCCGCAGCGGCGUCUCCACGUGCCCUUGGCCGGGCUCUCCGGCGGCGACUGCAGCUGCAGCCGGGAUUGCUGCCAGGGGGGUGGCUUGAGCUUCCCUUCCUCCCGAAGCGGGGGAAGGGGCUGGAUCGGGGAGUCCGGAGGCAGGAGGAGCAGCAGCAGGAGGAGAAGCAGACGCUUCCCGGACCAGAGUCUCCGUCUGCGCCAUGGAACCUGAACCAGUGGAGGAAUGUGUCCAGAGCACGCUGGCUGCCUUGUACCCCCCCUUCGAAGCCACUGCCCCCACCCUGUUGAGCCAGGUUUUCGAAGUGCUGGAGCGGACGUACCAACACGACGCCCUGCGCUACACCCUUGACUUCCUCGUCCCUGCCAAGCACAUCCUGGCUCGCAUCCAAAGUGAAGCCUGUGCCCAGUACAGUGGCUUUGUGUUUUGCCAUGAAGGUUGGCCGCUCUGCCUUCGUGAGAAAAUCCUGGUGCAGCUGGGCUCUUUGCCCUGGCAACGCCUUUGCCCUGGAGACUUCUACCUGCAAGUGGUGCCUCACCGGGAGUGUGCCCCACGCUUGGUUCUGAAGUGCCUAUCUCCAGAGGGCCACCGUGGGGUUCAGGAGCUGCCGGUGCCCCCUGACUCUUAUCCGUUCCUUUUUACCGUCGAGUGGCUCAACGGCAUCAACAAGGAACGCCGGGUGGGGCACCUGGAGCGUUGCCUGUUGGCGGCAGGGGAAAAAGUACUGAGCCUCCCCUGGCCAGAAUUAGUGUACCCCCAGUUUGUGCACAAAGAUGGAUUCAUCGUGGGCCAGCGUUGCCCUGUAGAUUUGUCUCCGGAAGUGUUGGGAGCCCGAAGUCCUGGGGACGGACGCCAUUCUGGGGGAGAGAAUCGGGAAUCUGAGGGAGAAUACGUUCACCUCUUAGAAGUCAGUCCUACUUUACACCAGGCACCCCGGAUCCCACAGCCUUGUGGUACCCAGAUCCAGACCAUGCCUGCCCGCAAGGGACACAGCAAGAGCCGGAACCGGCGUCACCGAGCCUGGCUUCACCAUAAGUCUGGGUGUGGGGAAAAUUUUGCCUUGCGCCAGGCUGCCAAAGCCCAGGAAGCAGAGAAAUCUAGCCAAGAAAGCAGCACGUUGGGUGACAGGAUUGAUCAAAUGAGAGGUGGAGGUCUAAGCCUGGCUUUAGGUCAAAUGUCAGAAGCAUCUAAGACAGCGAGGAGCUUGAGUCCUGGUCAACCAGAGCAAAACAAGGGUCUUCAUGCCAAUAAGGCACAACCUAACAUCUUUGGGAGUGCUACCAAUACCGCUGAGCUGGGGAAAGCUGAACUGCCAGGAUCUGGCCACCAAAAUCCAGUUCGUUCCAGAGAGGAGAGCAUUGAGAACCAGUCUCCAGUCAUGGCCACACCAAAACGUGCUGCCAAGGGAAACCGCAGGAAAAAAAAGGGAGCUGGGAGAGGAGCUGGUGGUGGCAGAACUAAACAAGGAGUUUCUGUCGAUGCAAAAGAAGCUAAGAAAGAAGUAGUCUGCGUUAGUCCAGGAGAACAGGAUUCUGGGAAAAGGGAAGAUAAUGUUAGCACCAUAGAACAAGCUGUUAGUAGUGAAGAAGGCUGUGUUGAGGUUGUCAAUAGUAAUGUUCCCCCGGAGAAAAAUGAUAAUGCAGAAGACAAGAGCUUUGAUGUUGGAAAGGAGGGUGCUGGCCCAAGAGAAUGUAGUGUUGGCAGCAGAGAACCAGAGAGUGGUAUGGAAAAAUGUUCUGCUGAUAUGGGAGAUAGUAGUGCCAACACCGAAGACACUGCUGUCAUCCAAGAAAGCCAAGGCCUUAGCACUGAAGAGGUGGAUAUUGCAAUUGAUCCUGGUCAACCAAGAGUUGGUACAGUGGAGCAAGACCUUGGCACCAUCGAACAAGGAGCGGACAAUUCUGAAGGACAUUGUUUGGUAGAAAAGGACCCUAUCGUUGGUACAAAUGAAUCCAAUUUUGCUACUUUACAAAAGGAGAAUGAGCCAAGUAUUGAUGGGAAAGAGGAACCCUUGAGUAUAGAAGCUGAUCCGAGGCCAGAGAAAACAGAGAAUUCCUCUCCGUCUUCCACAGUGCAUCUUGGGCAGUCUGUGAACUGGGCACUUCUGGAAUCUGGUGUCUUUGCUUUAACAGGAGGAAUGGACAAGGCAGGACACUCCUUGUUGAUGAUAGUGCCACAGCCUCUUCAAGAUGAGCUGCCUCCAGGACAAGAGGAUCUCGUCAAUACCUUGAGAUACAUGCACUCACUUCUCAGGCAAGAGCUGAAGGCUCUGGGGCUGACGGUGCUGUUAGACCUGAGCCAGGUGGACGACUGGGCUUUCCAAGCCCCUGUGCUACUGCCAGCCUUACACACAUUCCAGGAGAGUUCCCCACCUCCUAUCAGUCAGCUGCUGGUGGUUUUGCCACCUGAUGACCGUUUUGUACCCCACGAAGAGGAGCUGGCCUUGGAGCCUGCAGUGGCAGUGCGGCUUCUUCCUCUUUCUGAACUGUCUCAUCAUGUGGCCCUGGACCAGCUGACUCCAGCGUUAGGUGGGACCAUGCACUACUCACCACUAAAAUGGGUUGCAGAGCACCAGGCUCUUGAGCAGCUCCAGGAACUCUGCCGUAGUGUCCUGCAGGCUGUGUGUGAGGCCAGUGCCCACCUCAAGGCAGUCGGAACAGCAUCAAGUCAGGAGGAAGUGUCAGCACAGAUCACGUUGCACCAAGAGACGAUGCGGAAACUGCUUUCUGAGCCGCGUCUUCUGGAGCUUCAACGCUGUGGGGGGUCCUUGUUGGCCCGGCUGCCCCCGCUGGGUCCCUGCAGUAUGGAGGCGGUGGCUGCCACCAGGCUCUACCAAGAGGUGGAUGAGGCCCUUCAUGGACUUGUUCAGCUCAGCAAUCGGCGCUUAGAGGUAUUGCAGCAGGAGAGGGCAAACACACAGAUCCAGCAGCAACCUGCGGAAGACAAGAAAUGCCUUGACCCUGUGGGUGACAGUGUGGAAGAGAAGAAGGAAGGGAAGAGGCCAGUGGAGGGCCUGGCCGAGGGGGCAUCUUUGGAAAAGACAGUGUUACAAAGCCCCAGGUCCCAAGGAAGGACACCACCUUCCCCAGAUUCUGGCUCUUCUCCACGGCCACGUGCCUGCAGCAUUAGUGCUUCCUCCUCCCCCAAGCAUGGCUGGGGCCUGAGUGCUAGGUUUGGCUCCUCUUGCAGCCUAACCUCCCUUUUCCAGCCACUUGCCAGCCCUAAAGCCUCCCCUUGCUGUUCUCCCACUCGAAGCCAUGCCUUGGAGAGUGGCAAGAAGAGGCAGGGCAGUCCCAAAUCACCCCUGUCUCCUGCAUCUCCCAUGGCAUUGAGGGCCUCCAGUGACCCAGGCCGGCCCAGUGUCCAUAUCCGUGGCCUGGAGGUGAGCAGCCGUGAGCUGGCGGACCGGAGCUGUUCUCCUCGUGAACAUGUAUUGCUGAGUCGUAGUGGGACGCACGUUGCUGAAGCUCCUUGGGGAGCCACACCUCGUAUGGAAAGAAGGCGUUGUCUUGGGGUCCAACAACAGCUUCUAACUGAAAUGUUGGAGUGUGAGCGGGAUUAUGUGAGUGCCCUUUCCCAGACUCUCUGCCUGUCUCAGGAGCCAGGAGGACAGGCCUGGCCAGCUGAGCUGCGGUGCCUGGGUAGUGCUCUCCGGACCACGCGAGACCAGUUGUUGGCUUUCCACAACAGCUGCCUACUUGGCGAGUUGGAAGGAUGCAUGAGCCAUCCGUCACGUGCUGGUGCCUGUUUCCUGCGCCAUAGAGCGAAACUUCAGCUUUAUGCCACCUAUGCCAAAGAUCACCAUAAAUUCCAGGCUGCUCUGGCUUCACUUCGAGCAUCCAGCAAGAAGAGCCCCCCAGACCUGCUUGAGGAUGGGCCCACAUCCCGCACUUUGCGUGUGCCCCUGGAGCAGCUGGAGCGGUAUCGGCGCUUCUUGGGUGAGCUGCUGCGCGAAUGUGAGCUCGAGCGGGGGCCCGAGCGCCAAGCCCUGCAGGAGGCCCAGCAACUGCUGGAAGCCCAGGAGCAGCGAGGCAGGGAUCUGCUGGCCGCUGAGCAGAUCCGGGGCUGCGAGAUGAAACUGUCAGAACAAGGGCCACUCUUGCAACGUGGUGAGCUCACUGUGGUGUGCGGACGCCGUAAAUGCCAGCGUCAUCUGUUUCUCUUUGAGCAGCUGUUGCUCUUCACCAAGUGCAAAGGAACUGAGGGCAGCUAUGUCUGCAAACAGGCUUUGCAGACAGCUUCCAUGGGUCUGACGGAGAGUGUGGGACCUACUGGGCUACGCUUUGAACUGUGGUUUGGACGAGGAUCAGCCCGGCAGGCCUUUACACUUCAAGCAGCCUCUGCUGAGGUCAAACAUCAAUGGACAAACGUUAUAGCCCAACUGCUGUGGAGACAGGCCGCCCACCCGUCUGUCUCCAUGAGCAUAUCCUCCUGCCCUUCCCAGCGUUUGGCCCCUCUUGGCUUGAGUCCUGGGUCCCCUACUGGGCUUUCUUUGCCUGGACAUUUUGAGGAGGAAGAAUGGGACCCAGAUGUUAAGCCUAUUCCAAAAGCCGAGACCCCUGACUCCACUGGAACGUCCCCAAUCCACCCAGAACCACUUAGACAAGGAAGAGGAUCCUUACCCAGCAGUAACUCUGCUCUAGGGCACCACCAGUCGCACUGGGUGUGGAGCCUACACCGGAAACUCUUCUCCCCCAGCAAUCAUGGAAGGCAGGACUCCAUCUCCAGGGACUCUGGAAACAGAACAGUCUAAGCCCCAAAGAAUACUGGAGGAGGGGGGCAUGGCAUGAAUGAGUGCCGUUGUCCAGCAGUAUUGUACAAUGUCACUCAAUGGUUCUCCUACGCACUUCACUCUGCUGCCAUCUAACAGGAACACCCAGACGUGGCUAUGAUGCUAUCAUGGGAUGUGUCUGUCCUACACCGUCCCCAUCCAGUGCCUUUCCCACCAUUUUCUUGGGCUGUGACAUUACUGAAAGUGAUUGGCAAAGCUGAUACUGAUGGUGGUGAAAGGAAAUUGUGUUCCAGACAAAGGACAAACCAACAAGCAGAGGAAAUUCUGUUGAGUCAGUCCUUAUUCAUCAGUGAUUGGUUCAGCCAGUCUAUUACAUUGCUCAGUUUCCUGGUACCAUCUCCAAUCACAGCUGUGAGUCCCUAGGCAAAUUGGUAUUUUGCUUAGUCUGAUGGGGAGAUGAAAGAAAGAACAUGGGAUACAAUUGCUAAGCAACUAUAGAAAGUCCAUCUUGAACCACAUCCAGAGGAAAAGAAGAGGAAAGAGGUGUGCUAAGUUGCAUUGGUGAGGAAGAUGGUUAUGAGGACAUAGCCACUUCCAUGUUAUCUGAAGGAACUCAGUCACCUCCAGCUGAAUCAUGGAAACUAAAUGAUAAUAGCAAUAUAGUUAAUGCUGCAGAUGUUUUCCUGGACUGCACCCUUUAGGAUGCAGGAUGGGAGCACACAUUUGGAUCUUCCCCACUGCAAGCAGGAAGAACAAACCUUCUCACACAGAGAAAACUGGUGUAUCCAAAAAAAUUGUGUUAAAAUUUAUACGUGAUUUGCCAAGAAAGAACACUUGGUGAAGUGUCCCUUCCAUGCACAUAGACUUGCAAUUUCAGAACAUACAGUCCAAGACAUUCUGCUACACAAGAUUUCCCCCUCAACACUCAAGGAAGUGGGCCUGAAAAGGCACAAAAUAUGUAAUUAAAGAAUUAUUGUAAUUGGAAGAUGGCACAUAAAACUGGCAAUCUCCAAGACCUAUUAUUUGACAGACAUAUAACUCAUCAAAAUGUUAACUCUUAGGCUGCCAUUUCUCAUCAUUUCCAAAGAAUUUAGCAGCACUAAUACAUAGGUCUUUCUUCAAUUUAUAGAUAAAUACUGUGGAUCUCUACAAAUGCCCAUUUUAGGGUUAUAAUAAUUUUCUCCAUGUGCAACCACUCUUUUUAAAGACACUGGUGCUAGUCAGUUUUGCCCAAAUUAGUUUACUUCCCUUUUAGGAUUAGAACAGAUUUACAACCACUUGUUUGAGAAGACUAGUCUUAGUCUGUGUUGCCAUAAAUUACUAAUAAAAUAUAUUACAAAAAAGCAAUUCCAGAUUUACAGACCUGGGAAAAAAAGUUUUUGCUGUAAUGAAGCCAAGGGUCAAGAAUGUAAGCCUGUGGAUAGUCUGUAUUACUUUAGGACCAGAUAGACAUGACAGGUCUAUGCACUUACAUUCCUUUUAUAACAAAACUGCAUUCAUUUUAACAGUAAAAGUGGACAGAUGGCUAAGAGGUACAUUGUGUAUUUCCCUGCUUGCAGUUUAUCUGCCUGAACACUUUGCUUUUUUAAUGCUCAGAUGAGACAAUGCUCUCAUUAUGUGUUCAGCAACCAUGUUUGGAUGUUUUUCUUUUUGUAUUUAAUUUUUGUUUUUAAAACAUCAAUAGGUGCAAGUGACAAGUGUAAUUUUCAUCAGCACGGUGGUUUGACUUUUCCUUAGCUAUAAUCUGAGUUAAAAUUGCCUACUUACACUGAUGUUUUAGCCCAUAACCACCAAAUAAGAGCUUUUUCUUAAAACUGUCGACAGAACAGGGGUUGUUAAGAUUGUGUAUAGGAAUGGAAGUAUUAGUUUUCCUUGUAUUACAGUCCUGAUGGACAUACCUGUUCCAAUCCAGUCCGGUACAUUUUAAAGGCUCUUAGUAACCAUGCCUUAGCCCCACAAUCGUAUAACUUGUUUGUUUCCCAGAUGUGCUUCAAUAGUCAAAGUAACUUCAGCUUAUUUUGAGAAUAGUUCAGUAUUCCUAUUUUUUCUCCAUUAACCAGAUCAACCCAAACUUCUGCACCUAAUAGGACGGUUCCAUGUUUUAAGUAUGCUCUCUUCACUCCCAGACCUAAAUUCUAGAAUUAAAUUGGCCUAAAGUAGAUCCAUUGAAAUAGUUGGGAGUUGACUAACAAUUUGAUUGAAUGGGUUUGCUCUAUUUGGAUCUAACCAACAAGAUCUCAGCUUAUGUGGAUUCAAAUGUCCACUUUUCCAUAUACAAAUCUCCUUUUCAUACAGAAAAUUGGCCAGGGUCAGAAAGGCUCAUUCCUUGAGCCUUUCUGCAUCUAAGUCUGAAACAAUACAAUCCAUUGUUUAGUGCCUCAUCUUCAGUUUGCGAGAUGUGUUCCUGAUUCACCAACGAAAGUUAGGGAAUUCGGGUGGAAAACUUUACAUUUUCAUAGCAAUGUCAUGCAGUUUCUGGACUCAAAAUCAGAAUUUCAGGCAGCAUCUGCUAUUCUUCAAGUGGCUACACUUUAUUUGAAUGCUAUAUACCUGACCAAAGGUAAUACAGUCUCUGGGGCUUGAACUGAAUGUAGUCCUGGAGGAACCAGAAGCUCCAAUAUCACCAGGUUUCUAUAAAAUGUUUUCUAAAGAGGAGCUUUGGCUGCUCUGCAGGCUGGGUAGAGUGCUAUAGUUCAGAGAAAUCAGAAUGGGCAUGAUGUCAUUAUUUGAUUGAAAUGUAUGUUUUCAAAACUGCCUGCUGUGCAGAUUGAGAGCGUAGGCCCAGGUGUUAGGAAAACUUAAAUAUGGUGGAAACACUCGUUUUAUAACCCAUUUGAUGAGUGCUUUCUAGCCGUCGCUGCCCGCAAAUGUUAAGCCAUCGCAAGGUACUAAGCAACCACCUUGGGUCUCUGUAAAUUAAUGGUUAUCGUUGCUAAACAUGUAAUCUUGUCAAAAUAAUCCGUCGGGUUUGUCUAACAAGACCUUAUUUUAUAUAUAAAAAAGCAUGCAGAAAUCCA